GACUCUGGACGAAAACUGAGGCAUCACGAUUAGGGUACUUUGGUAAUAUCAUCUUUUAAUUAUUGAAGAAGGUGCGAAAUAUCUAACUAUCUGAGAGAAAGAAGCUUUAGCCAUCAUUUGGAAGCUCGAGAAUUGGGAGAGAGAGAGAGUGUGUGUUCGAGUUCAAUGGUAAACUUCGCCCAAAGGAUUUUAGGUCCAACUCUUGGGUUAGCCCCUUGCUCUUCUUCCCGUUCUCAUAGUUUGGGAAGAACAAGGCUCAGAAAUUUCCCCUGUGCCGUAUCUUCAACAUCGUCGUCAUCGCCCAUGGAUCGGCAGAACAGACGGCAGGGGUUUAUGGAGUUCCCGCACCUCUCAGCCCCGCACAGAGAUCUAAUGAUAGAGCUGGUGUCAACCAUGGAAACCAGGCUUGGGUCGCAACUCCUGCCCGAUCCCCUACCCCUAGACGUCCAGUGCUAUCAGAACGCCGCCGGAACUUCUCAGGGUGCGCUUCACAUUAGACCCGGUGACGACACCUCUUCCAUUGAAUUCAUAUUGGGAAGUUGGAUAUAUUGUGAGCUGCCAUCGGGAGGAGCCUUGAACAUAACAACUCUCAUGGCCUACCUCAACAAGUCGACUGACGCACCAAACUUCGUGCUGGAGUUCGUGCAGAUGAGUCCCACAUCGAUGGUCCUCAUCCUUGACUUGCCUCCCCGGAAGGACCUACCCCUCUACCCGGAUUAUCUUGACACCUUCUACGUGGACACCAAGCUCGAUGGCUGUAGGCAGGCGCUGCAGAAGCUACCGGAGGUCCAGCCUUACUUCUCGCCCGUGCUAUACGUCCGCUGUGUCUGGUCUCCCACGGCCACUGUGGUUCACAUACAAUGUGAGCAGGGACAAGAGUCGGACCAAGCUCGAAUGGAAGAGAUCGUGCGGGAUCAUGUCAGCCCCAUUGCCAAGCAAGUUUUGGGAAUCUGGUUGGACAAAUGUGCAUGUGGAGAAGGGAGAGAAGUGAAGGAAUCGGAAAGGUCUGAGCUGGAAAGGAGGGACCGUGUGAUUAGAACAAAGACAAUUGAGAUCGACCUGGUCUCCAAUUUGCCCAGAUUGUUUGGUCCCGAUGUGGGAAGCCGGAUCGUCAAUGCUAUACAAGAGUUUCUAAACAAAUGAUCUCCCUCCCUUGUACUUGCUGCGCUUAUAGUAUAUAUUCAUUUCUGUUUGGCGACUUAAUACAAUCUGGGGGGUACCCUGUAAUUUGGGCUAGUGAGUAGUGACACUUAAGGCCUCAACUUUCAACUGUAAUAUUUUAAUAUCUGAACUUCGAGAAAUAUAUACUCAAGUUCAGCUAUUAACACUCCAUCAGUUAUCUUGAAGCAUACAAUGUUAUAUGUGCCUCUCAAACAUUUUAAAAUCUGGAACAUACCCUCUUCUUCAA